UGCCAAGAAGCUAAGCAACUGUGGCUUCUAAACUCAUAUAAAUAGCCCCAGUUGAUCAAGCCAUAAAGGCGAUAGCAUAACCCCAAUACAAUUCAUUCGUUACCAUGUCACAUCAUAAAGAGAGUCUAAUUACGACGACCCAUGAAGAAGAACAACCGCCCCCACCUUACGAAUCUGUUUCUCUCACCGAUCGCCUUGAAUCCCCACCGAUGCCAGCCGCAGUAGCGUAUACGAGCAAUCACACAUCAGCCGUUUCCGGCCAAUAUGCGAGCGAGCCCAUUUAUCAAAGCCAUUCAACCAGUCGUCGUCCGGGCCUUUUAGGCAUCCUGAGGUCAAUUAUAACCUCAGUUGUCGAUAAAAGGCAACAAGCUUCUAGAAUGGUAACCGAAGGAAACGUUACCACCGCCAUUCCACCCGUAAACCCGGAAUCGGUAGGCGAUUCGGUAUCUACAUGUCCGACACGUCGCUGUCAACGCAAAUGUCGACGUCAACAACGCAAAGCUGACCGUCGACAGCACAGACAGGCACGAAGACAUCGCAGAUAUUGCACUCAUCAUACAUAACCAAUCAAUCCAACGUCCCUGAUCAUGCUCUCAAAAAGGAAAGAUUUUCCUAAGGUUAAUAGAAAAAAGAGCCUGUUAGUCAGGUAUUUGUAAGCUAUACGAGCUAUGAUAUAACAUGUUCCUUAUCAAUAUUUACCUCCACCGUCAUUGCUCCCUUUGAAACUUGUCUUAUAAUUCAACGCAAGUUAUUUUCGAUUUGAUGAUUUUGAAACAUUUCCAUUUGGUUUGGCGCUCACGCCAUUUUUUUUUUUUUUAUCUUUGACUUGGGGAAUUGUGGCUAUUUUUUU